AUGUUACAGAUUUCUCGUUGGAUUUGCUAUGAGUCAGGAACGCAAUCCAACCAAUAUAACGAUUUCCUUCUGUUUAUUAGUGAUGAUUCAAUGAAAAUUCCAGUGAUUUGCUGCGUAAAUUCAAGUUUAAUUCAUGAAAAAUUCGUUAAGAUGCGCGAUUUACUAAAAAACGAAAAGAAACGAGCAAUGAUAUAUACGAAAAAUCCAUUUGAACUACAAUGCUUAUUCAGAUAUUUGAACAAUCAAUCAUUUUCUCUUCCUUUAGACCGCUUGCAAAUUUUAAAUGAAGAAUUUAAACGAUACGAUAUUGCUAUGAUACCAACAAAUAAAUUUUAUCAAAUUCCAUCACAAGCCGAAGAAUUUAUAAAUAUUUUAUCAAAAACAAUCAAAAGCAAUAAAAAUUAUCAACUGUUUCGACAUUCAUUUAUCCAAAACUAUAAUAUCCUUAAGAAUUCACCAUCAUUUAAAGAAUUGCCGAUGAAAAUUAUUGUCGAACUUUUACAAAAUGGAAUUGAAAGUGACGUAAAUCCAACAGUCACACGAAAUAUUAUCUCUGAUAUUAUUGAAAAUCUCGAAACAAAGUAUCAAACUCAGAAAAAGAAGUAUAAAACCAAAAUUACUGCAUUGCUCUCUGAAAUAAAUAGAUUGGGCCCAUAUGAUAAUGAUUCUGAAAACGUAUCUCAGCUUAAAAAGCAAAUAAACGAUCUUACCGAACAAUUAGAUUCAAUAACUAAGAAACAAUCACAGGAAAAGCCAAGUUCUCCAAGUAAGGUCAACAUUUACGAGAAAAAUGCAGCAGAUUUACAAUACAUUGCUGAACUUUUGAAGAAAAUUCAAGAAUCAAAUGAUGAAAUGCUCAAAAUUCAACAAGAAAACGAAGACAUGAGAGCCCAAUCAAUAGCCGAUAAAGAUGAGCUCGAAUCUCUUAGAUUCAGCCUUUCAGAAUCAGCAAAACAGAUAUCUCAGCUCCAAAUCCAAAACGAUUCGCUUUCCAAGGAAGUUUUUAAGACACAAAAGAAACUUGACUCCAGCAUGCAAAAAUAUUCAGAAUCAAUGACGAAACUUUCACAAAAUUCCGAUGCAACGAUACAGAAACUUGAUAAAGAAAAAAGAAUAUUACAGAGCGAAUAUGAUAAUAUUAAAGCUCAAUUUGAUAAAAUUUCGAAAGAAAAUGAAGAAAAUAAGAAAUCUAAAGAUUUUCUUGAAAUUGAGCUUUCUGAGAAGUCCAAAUUAAUCCAGGCUGCUACACAGCGUGAAAUUAUGAGUACACAAGAGAAAGAAUUCCAUGAACAGUUAAUCAGUCAAAAGAAGAAACAAAUUGAAAGUUUAAACGCAGAAUUAGUGAGCCACAAUUUGGAUAUUCAACGCUACAAGACCAUUAUACAACAAUGGAAUCAAAUGAAUGAUGAAUUAUACAAGACAAAGAAACAAUUGGAAAAAUGUAAAAAAUCUGAGAUGCAAAAUCAACUUAAUGAUACUAAACUCUAUGAGCAAAGCAAAUCUAUUGAACAAUUAACAGAAGAAAAUAGAAAAUUAACUGAAUCUAACGAACAAUUAAAUAAAAUCAUUCAAGAACUGAGAGAUUCCUAUAACAAAGAAAAGAUUCAAUGGGAAACAGAGAAAGAAGACCUCAAAGAUCAAAUAUCUCAGCUCUCAAUGUCACUUAUUGCAUCAGAAAACAAUAAUGAACGAAUUCAAAAUGAAACAGCAAGUGAAAUAUCGAAGCUAAAGAAAGCUGCUUCUGAAUAUAAGAAGAUUUCAAUAGAAAACGAAAUGCUCAAAGAAAAAAUCAUUCAAUUGACUCCUCAGAAACAAAUGAGUUCACCAGAACCUAAUGUUCUAUCAUAUAAUUCACCACAGUAUAGAACUCCAACCAUUUAUUCUACACAAACUGAAGCAAAUACAAUAUCUCAAUUGAAAUCACAGAAUAGCUUAUUGGAAAAGCGAGUUUCUGAUCUCCAAAAUGUUAUAAAUGACCAGUUGCAAUCUAAAACAAAAGAAAUUCAACUUCAAAAACAAAUUGAAAUUUUAAUGCAGAAUUUAUCAAAUAAAGAAAAAGAAAACAACGAGUUACGAGCUAAAAUGAAGAAAUCAAACAGUUCGAUCUCAGACAAUUUGACUUCUGCUGAUAAAGAUAUGGUUUUCACUACACAAGAUGAGGAAGAGUCUGAGGAUGAAACUUAUACAUCUAAUAAUUCAGCAGAAGAUAUUUAA